GGCUGUACACACACCGAGGGAGGCUGGAGGGGAAGGAGGGAGGCAGCUGAGCAGGCAGAGCGCAGAGAAGGAGGAAGCGGCGGCGGCGGCGGCGGCGCUCAGAGCUGGCUACGGCCGCCUUUCCCAAUCCUCCGUCAUCCUUCCUUCCCCGGCGCCUUUCCUCCCUGACAGCCCCGGGAGCAGAAGCGGCAGACAGGCUCCUUCCAGGCAGGAGCAACUGAAUCAUGGAGCUUCGAGUGGGGAACAAGUAUCGGCUGGGAAGAAAAAUCGGUAGCGGAUCCUUUGGAGAUAUUUAUUUGGGUGCCAAUAUUGCCACUGGGGAAGAGGUAGCCAUUAAGUUGGAAUGUGUGAAAACCAAGCACCCGCAGCUCCACAUUGAAAGCAAAUUUUACAAGAUGAUGCAGGGAGGAGUGGGCAUCCCUUCCAUUAAGUGGUGUGGAGCAGAAGGCGACUAUAAUGUGAUGGUGAUGGAACUUCUGGGACCCAGCCUGGAGGACCUCUUCAACUUCUGCUCUCGCAAGUUCAGCCUCAAGACUGUUCUGCUCUUGGCAGAUCAGAUGAUCAGCCGUAUCGAAUACAUUCAUUCCAAGAAUUUCAUCCACCGAGAUGUGAAGCCAGAUAACUUCCUUAUGGGGCUCGGCAAGAAGGGCAACCUUGUGUACAUCAUUGACUUCGGCCUGGCCAAGAAGUACCGAGAUGCCCGCACUCACCAACACAUCCCCUAUCGGGAAAACAAAAACCUGACUGGCACAGCCCGCUAUGCCUCUAUAAAUACUCACCUUGGAAUUGAACAAAGUCGCCGUGAUGACUUGGAGAGCUUGGGCUAUGUGCUGAUGUACUUCAACCUUGGCUCACUGCCUUGGCAAGGCCUGAAGGCUGCUACAAAGCGCCAGAAAUAUGAGCGCAUCAGUGAGAAGAAGAUGUCGACGCCCAUCGAGGUGCUCUGCAAAGGCUACCCUUCUGAGUUCUCAACAUACCUCAACUUCUGCCGUUCGCUGCGGUUCGAUGACAAACCAGAUUACUCUUACUUGAGGCAGCUGUUCCGCAACCUCUUCCACCGCCAGGGUUUCUCCUAUGACUACGUGUUCGACUGGAACAUGCUCAAGUUUGGAGCAGCCCGGAAUCCUGAGGACAUGGACCGGGAGAGGCGAGAACACGAGCGAGAGGAGCGGAUGGGGCAGCUCCGGGGUUCAGCUACGCGGGCACUGCCCCCUGGACCUCCUGCCGGAGCCACAGCUAACCGCCUCCGCAAUGUCGCUGAGCCCAUGGCCUCCACACCCACCUCCCGCAUCCAGCAAUCUGGAAACACGUCCCCCAGGGCAAUUUCACGGGUGGACAGGGAGCGGAAGGUCAGCAUGAGGUUACACCGAGGAGCCCCUGCAAACAUCUCCUCGUCUGACCUCACAGGGCGGCAAGAGGUGUCACGGAUUUCAGCAUCACAGACAAGUGUGCCAUUUGAUCACCUGGGGAAGUGAAGAGAGGAUUCCACCGGACCAGUGUUUGCUUAG